GGCUCUCUCCCGAUUUCUCCACUGUUUUGUCAACGCCGACUCUGACCGUCAUGUCUUUCGCUCGUCCACGGCUGGCCCUCGGGUUGUCCCCCAGAUUACUUACAGCGUUGCGCUCGACAGCACUGCGUCCUUCCGUCGUUGCUUACCGCAACAUUUCUUCGACCCGCUGCUCCCAUGCAGAACCCUUGGAACGUCCAGGAAGGCUCGAAGGCCCAUCGUCCAUUAAAUCUCCACCGCUGGGCGCAGGGAGUCUGACAGCUGCAGACGAACCAGGAAAGGACAUUGAUCCUUACAAAGAUGGCGCCAGCGCUAUCGACAAAGCCGUCCACCUGUUCUUCUUCACCGAAAUUAUCCGAGGAAUGUGGAUUGUUCUUGAGAAUUUCUUCAGAGAACCUUACACUAUCAUGUACCCGUACGAGAAGGGCCCUCUGUCCCCUCGUUUCCGUGGCGAACAUGCUUUACGGCGCUAUCCCAAUGGCGAAGAGCGUUGUAUUGCAUGUAAGUUGUGUGAAGCUAUCUGUCCUGCGCAAGCCAUCACUAUCGAAAGUGAAGCUCGGGUGGAUGGAUCCAGGAGAACCACUAAAUACGAUAUCGACAUGACAAAGUGCAUUUACUGCGGUUUCUGCCAAGAGGCCUGCCCGGUCGAUGCUAUCGUGGAAACCCAAAACCAAGAGUUCUCAACAGAAACGCGCGAAGAGCUCUUGUACAACAAGGCUAAACUUCUUGCUAACGGUGACAGAGCUGAGGCUGAAAUUGCAGCUAAUUUGCAUGCGGACCAUGUGUACCGGUGAUCUACAUGUGGGCGAAUAAGGGUGAGGGGCAAAAGUCAUGGCACAUUAAUUCAUGUAUAUACGGUAGAAGUUACUCUGUUUUCAGCUCAGUGCGAGCAAAAGCUGCAGGACCGCUCCUUUAACCUGCACGACAUGAACACCGUUAUAAUCUCCGUCAUGAUUAAAAAAUGAAUAAUAUUUAGCAUGCAAGAAGUACACAUUAUUAUAGUGUGCUUCCUUCAGGGGCUUGAAAGCCUGAGUUCGAUUUCUGAAGAUUAGUUCUUCCUCGAGCUGUGCCACUCACCACACUUUACUCCAGCUUUCUUUAACGGCAGCAUGUAGCACACGUUUUCAUUACGAGCUGGAUAAGGCUUGAGGCUACUUUGAGGCAUCGUAUCGAGGGCCAAAG